UCUCUCUCUCUCUCUCUCACUCUGUUCUUCAAUUCUUCCCUGUUUGUUCCUUCUUUCCAUUCGAUUAUGGCCGAAGAAACCGAGAACAAGGCGGCACCGGAAGCUCCUGCCACCACCACCUCCACUGUAGAGGUGCCGGCCGUGGUUUCCGAUGUGACUGUCGAGGAAAAGAAACUCACGAUCGAGAAAGAAUCACCCCCUGUUCCCGAACCCGAGCCUGAAUCUGCUCAAAAGCCAGUCUUGUCUCCCCCGGAGCAAGUGGUGGAGGAGCCGGAGAAGGAGAAGGAAAAGGAAAAGGAGGAGGAGAAAAUCGGCGAGUCUGCUUCUUUCAAGGAAGAAACUAACGUUGCCGGUGAACUACCCGAUCCCCAGAAGAAAGCCCUUGAUGAGUUCAAACUUCUAGUUCAAGAAGCCCUUAAUAAGCACGAGUUCACCGCUCCACCCCCACCCCCUGUUGAAGACAAACCCGUUGAGAAGGAGGAGGAGAAACCCGUUGAGGAGGAGAAACCGGUGGAGACGGCGGCGGCGGCGGCGGAGAAAACAGAGACCCCUGCACCACCACCGCCGGCGGAGGCGGUUGUACCGGUGUCUGAGCCGGUAGUUGUGGCGGAAACCCUGGAGAAAGUUACAGUCGUAGAAGAUGAUGGCGUCAAAACUGUGGAAGCAAUAGAAGAAACUGUUGUGUCAGUCACUACUUCAACUCCAGCAGAAACAGAGGCGGCGGAGGAACCUAAAAAGGAAGAAACAACGGAUGAAAAAGAAACCCUUGUCGCCACUCCUCCACCACCGCCGGAAGAAGUAUCAAUCUGGGGAAUCCCACUUCUCGCCGACGAGAGAAGCGACGUAAUCCUUUUGAAAUUCCUCAGGGCACGAGAUUUCAAAGUGAAAGAAGCCUUCACCAUGCUUAAGAACACUGUCAAGUGGAGAAAAGAGUUCGGAAUUGAGUCUCUCCUUGAAGAAGACCUUGGAGCAGGAUUAGAGAAAUCCGUUUAUCUUCACGGAUUCGAUAAAGAAGGCCACCCUGUUUACUACAACGUCUAUGGAGAGUUCCAGAACAAAGAACUCUACCAAAACACCUUCUCCGACGAGGAAAAACGUCAGAAAUUCCUCCGUUGGCAGAUCCAGUUUCUUGAAAAGAGUAUCUCCAAGCUCGAUUUCUCUCCCGACGGAAUCUGCACCUUCGUCUUCGUCAAUGAUCUCAAAAACUCCCCUGGUCUCCUCAAGAGAGAACUCCGAAUAGCCACAAAUCAAGCCCUCCAGUUGCUUCAAGAUAACUACCCAGAAUUUGUCGCCAAACAGCUUGUGAUCAAUGUUCCAUGGUGGUACCUAGUCUGGUACAGGAUGAGCAGCCCUUUCUUCACCCAGAGGAUGAAGAGCAAGUUUGUAUUUGCAGGGGCUUCUAAGACUGCUGAAACUCUCUUCAAAUACAUAGCACCAGAGCAAGUGCCUGUGCAAUAUGGAGGACUUAGUAAGGAAGGAGAAGUAUUCACUACCUCUCAUGCUGUCAUUGAAGAAAUCAUCAAACCUGCAACCAAACAUUCCAUUGAAAUUCCUGUUUCUGAGUUUGGCACUUUUGUAUGGGAGACCAGAGUGGUUGGAUGGGAAGUUAACUAUGGAGCUGAAUUUGUUCCUGAUGAAGAAGGAGGAUACACUAUAAUCGUGCAAAAGUCGAGAAAGGUUGGACCAACAGAAGAAACUUUCAUCAAUGGAAGUUAUAAGGUUACUGAACCGGGCAAGAUAGUACUCAAAUUUGACAACCAGAGCUCGAAGAAGAAGAAACACCUCCUUUACAGGCACAAGAUUACGACAAGCUCCGACUGAUAUGCAAGUUCAAGCUCAAGCAUUUGAAGGGCACUUUCCUCCUAUUGUCUUAUUCAAAUUUUAAUUUUUUUAUUUGGGUUUUAUUUAUUGGGUUGAUGAUAUAUUAAUUUAAUUUGGGAACUUGGAAAUUUCAUAUGGCACACAAUUAUGGGGGUGGUGGUUCCCCUUUAUUUUUAUUUCCUUUUUGGGGGUCUGUUUGUUUGAUAUCUUUGGGUCAAUUGUGGGACAAAGACCAUCAUCACUUUUAUUUUAAGUGUUAUUGUUUAUAUCAUCAUAUCAUUAUAUAUAUAACUCUUGUCUUGUAAAAUUGAUGUAAAAUUGAAGUGGUUCUUGUUCAUA